AUGCCUUCCGACACGAUACCUCUCAGUCAAUUCGAUGACAUUCCCUCCUGCAUCGAGUCCUUUGCGGCCGGCCGCUUCCUCGUCGUCCUCGACGACCCCUCGCGCGAGAACGAAGCCGACCUGAUCAUCGCGGCCCAGGACGUCACGACCGAGCAGAUGGGCUUCAUGGUGCGACACUCGUCCGGCCUCAUCUGCGCGCCCAUCACGGCCGCGCGCACUGAGCGGCUGCAGCUCCCCCAAAUGGUCGCCCUCGCCCAGUCCCAGGACCCCAAGGGCACUGCCUACACCGUUAGCGUCGACGCCGCCGACGAGAGCGUCACGACGGGCAUCAGCGCGCACGACAGGGCCCUCGUGUGCCGCGUGCUGGCCGACGACAACUCCACGCCCUCGGAUCUUAGGCGGCCGGGCCACGUCUUCCCUCUCCUCGCUAAGGCCGGCGGCAUCAGGGCGCGGAGAGGCCACACCGAGGCGGCCACCGAGUUCUGUCGGCUGGCGGGCAAGGCCGAGGCCGGUGUCAUAUGCGAGCUCGUGAGCGAUGGCGAGCCGGUCCCCGGACGGGCGGAGCACACUGGGCCCGGGAUGCUGCGUGGGGAGGAGUGCGUGGCCUUUGCCAGGAAAUGGGGCUUGAAGGUGUGCACGAUUGCCGAUCUCGUCGACCACGUCGAAAAGACGGAGGGGAAGUUGCAAAUAAAUGGUCAGUAG